AUGAAAAUUGAUGAAACCACAUAUUACUCUGUCUUAGGAUUACCUACAACAGCUAAUAAGAAGGAUAUCCAUAAGUCUUAUUUAAGACUAGCCCGUAAGCUCCAUCCUGAUAAGUCCAAAUCCAAUGAUUUUGAAGAAUUAUUCAAGGUUGUUGUCCAAGCUCAUUCAAUUUUGACUGAUAUUUCUAGUAAGCAAGAAUACGAUGCUAUAUUAAAGAGAAAGGGAUUAUCCAAUUAUACUCCAUUAGGUUAUAAAGAGCAUACUAAGAAGCAGAAUCAGAGCAAUAAUCUGAAUCAGCAAGAUGCUAGCAAAAACUCCAAGAAGAAUGAUGGUGUACCUACUCAAUCCAAGGUUACUAGAAAGAAUAAACCUUAUGAACAACAACCGUAUGGAUUUGGAUUAGAUUUCAAUGAAGGUAGUAAAAUGAAGAAAGAUAAACAAAAGGGCCGCAAUACAUCGAAGAAUUCUAAAGAACAACAAGGUAGCCAAGAAACUACAAAUACUUCCGAAAAUCUACAACGUAACGCUAAAGGUAACAAAAAUAAUAAAAAUCCUAGAAAGGAUAGAUUUCACACAUUAGACAAUAGUUUAGAUACAGAGAAUGACAAUAAAAGGAGAAAUAUUAAGAAAGCUAAAGAUCGUACCUCUAAGGACCAAAAUACUUAUUCACAUACAAAUUAUCAACGAAAAAGGAAUAAAGUAAAAUUUACACAGGGCAGUAUUCGAAUGAGAAAUCCAGAGGCCACUCAAUCUAAUCCAGACCUCCAAAAUGAUUGGGAUCCUUUAAAAGAUAUUAUAUCACAAUUUGGGAAUAGUAAUAUUCAAGAUGAUUUUGGAAUAGAAAAUAUAAAACCAAGCAGUGAUCCAAGAACGUUUGAAUUGGAAGAUCUAUCCUUAGAUUGUGAAUAUGAUUUUGUAGAAUCAAAUUCAAGAGUCAGAAGGGCAAAUAUGCAAAAUGUUUUUAUUAAUGAGAUGGAUAGAUUGAUGAUAAAUGAUCCACUUGACAUGAGUAGCAUUAAGCAUAGUUUGUACUCGAUACCAUAUACCAAAAGGCAAAAAACGUCACAAUCAACUUAUACAUUUAAUGAUCAAAACUACAGAUUCACAGAGAGAUUACCGAGACAAGAGAAUUCUGAGGGACCAUUUGGAGAAAUACCAAGUGUCUUUGAAAGUUCAACAGGGACAAUGGAGAAUCAUCGAUCAGAUUUUAAUCUAAGAGGAAGACCUGAAACUAGAGAAAAUGAUAAUAUCAUUAUACCUGAAAUGAUGCAUUUCCCUGAUGCGGUUACAUCAAAAGAAGAAGAAGUUUCAUUGAAAACACGAUUCAACCAUUUCAAUGAGGACUGCAAUAGAACUAAAGAAUACAUAUUAAAGGUUUUAAAAAAUCGUAUCAGUGUAGAUAAAGAUUUAAGCGAUAUGAUGACAGUCCCAGAAUAUCAUUCAUUAAUCCUUGCUACUAAAUCAUUUGACGUUCACUUAUCGAAACAAUUACUAGAACUAAACGAACUUCAAUUUAAUGCUGGUCAAAGAUACACAGAACUUUUCAAAUCGAUUCAAUAUUAA